CAAUUGGUUAUUGGUACACUACCGUCUACCGAAUGCCGCCGCGUAUUUAUUUUACCUAAUUAUUAAAUAAUCAUUUUCAAUAAAACUAUGGUCUAUGAUACUCUAGGUUUUAACUUUUAAGAGUUAAGGACGAGUGUAACGUAAUGUUACUGUUCGAGAUAAUCAAACAUAAUAGUACGUCAAAAUCGUAGUCGUUUCAUCGAUUAAAAAUCGUCCUUUGUAUGUAUUAUUAAUGUACGUAAUUUAAAUUUAAUCACAAUUAUUGUACUCGUACGCGAGCACUUGUCGUUUAUGUACCGUCUGUAUGCGUAUUUAUAAUAUUUACUCUACUGGGUAAAUUCUAACUCAAGAUCCAGCUUCUUUCGAUGAUAACAAUAAUAUGCUCAAGAAAUAAUUUCGGUGACUUUCAAGCUUACACAAUUACUAUGAUGUGCAGCAGCAGCAGCUAAUAUUUAUUGGUAACUGUUGAUUUGUGACAUUUGGUAAAGACAGAUUUUUUCAAAUGUCUAGCGACAUGUCCUCGAAGGCGGAGGAUGUUUUGCCAUUGGACGUUCCAGUAGAUGCAGCAGGCAAAGCUUUUCGCAUGAGCGAAGGUGACUGGAUAUGUCCAAAUGCUCAAUGUGCCAACAUAAACUUUGCUCGUCGUACCCAUUGUAACCGAUGUAAUAAGGAACGUGAAGACUUACCGGUCAAGAAAAAAGCUGGUGCUGAAAUCGGAAAGGCAGCUGCUGAAAAGAGUAAAGGACUGUUCUCGGCUGAUGACUGGCAAUGUAGCAAGUGUGGCAAUGUGAAUUGGGCACGUCGAUCUCAAUGUAAUAUGUGCAAUGCACCUAAAUUUGCCGACCCAGAGGAACGUACUGGUUAUGGAGGAGGCUACAAUGACAGGGGAGUUGUUGAGUAUGUCAGGCGUGAAGAGUCUGAUGACGAGUAUGAUGAAUUUGGACGUAAGAAAAAGAAACAAAAACGAGGAAGUGGUUCUAUAAGUGAGGAUUCUAACAGUCAAAAUGGUAGAGAAGAAGAUAACGAUAGAGGAAGAAAUAAAACGUGGUCAAAAGCUGUUGUUGAAAAUGAUGACGAUGACGAAGAAGACGACGAUGAUGAUGAUGAUGAAGAUGGAGAUCUUUCAAAAUAUGAUUUAUCUGAAUGGGAUGACUUAGCUGCCCAAUCCAAAAAAGAUAGAUCAAGAUCUCGAUCACCACUAAAAUAAUUAUGAUUUAAAUAUUUUUUUAUGUUAUGGCUAUUUACAAUGUUGUUGACCAGUCUACAAUCAAUAUUUUCCAAUAAAUCAACCAUACCACAAAUGAAUUUAGUAAUUAGAUCAUAUUUUUUCUGAUAUUUUGUUUAUUUUGAACACUAUCAAUUUUAACUGUUACAUAUUUAUAUUUUACUUCUAUUAAUUAUAUGUAUGCAUAAAAAAGC